GAAACCCCCUUCCUUUCAUGCAUCUCCUUGGAAAAACCCUCCUCUCCUCUGCCUUCCACCAGCCAACUCCAUUUCCAAAACUCCCCUGUUUUGCCUUCUUUCUCAAAGCCAUGGUGGUCUUAGCCAAUCAGGUAGACCAAAUAUCCCUUCUGAGGGCUCCAAAACCCGACGCUAACUUCUCCGGCAUCCCCGUCAUCAACCUCGCCGAGGCAGGCUCUGUGGAUGCCAUGAUCAAGGCCUGUGAAGAGUUUGGCUUCUUCAAAGUUAUUAACCAUGGGGUUCCCAUUAAUAUCAUGGCAAAAUUGGAGGAGGAGGCCGUCAAAUUCUUCUCCCUGCCUCAGGUGGAGAAGGAGAAGUCUGGUCCUCCAAACCCAUUUGGCUAUGGGAACAAGAGGAUCGGACCUAAUGGCGAUGUCGGCUGGGUGGAGUACCUCCUCUUUGCCGUCACCUCCAAGCCCUUCUCCUACACAUCAAUGCCCUUUCUUCAAGAACCAUCGGCGAGCUUGUUUCGGUGGGAAGAAAGAGAAGAUAUAAUCUCUGCUUUGAAUGAAUACAUAUCAGCAGUGAGGAAGCUGGCUUCUGAGGUGCUGGAGUUGAUGGCUGAAGGUCUGAAGAUCGAGCCAAGGAAUGUUUUCAGUAAGCUUGUGAUGGAUGAAAAGAGUGAUGAAAUCUUUAGGCUUAAUCAUUACCCUCCUUGCCCUCUCUUUCAAGGGCUCAACUGCAGCUUGACUGGGUUUGGGGAGCACACUGACCCACAGAUCAUCUCAGUCUUGAGAUCAAACAACACCCAAGGCCUUGAGAUUGCUCUGAGGGAUGGAAGCUGGGUCUCAGUCCCUUCAGACCAGGAGUCCUUCUUCAUCAAUAUAGGCGAUUCCUUGCAGGUUAUGACAAAUGGGAGGUUCAACAGUGUGAGGCACAGAGUUCUGGCCAAUGGUUCGAAAUCUAGGGUCUCCAUGAUAUACUUUGGAGGGCCGCCACAGACCGAGAGGAUUGCACCCUUGCCACAGUUGAUGGGAGAGGGGGAGCAGAGCCUCUACAGGGAGUUCACAUGGGAGGAGUACAAGAAGGCUGCCUAUAAAUCAAGGCUGGCUGACUACAGGCUUGGCCAGUUCGAGAAGUAGGGGUUUGGGAGGAGGUCAUUGGUGACAUCUUUUGAUGCUGUGUUGGCUUUCCUAUCUCGGGCUGUUUGGUUGGUCAGGAACAGGCUGGCAUGGUAACCCAAGCUAGUGUUAACCAAAGAUAGAAAUAGAAAAGGUUUUCACUUCUUUCUUUCUUCUCUUUUUUGUAACUUUUUCUUUUCCUUUCCUCUUGUUCUCUCCUCGUCCUUUUAUACAAAGUCUUGUAUGUAAAGGGCCUUUUUCCUUUUGAAUAGAUAUGGUUUGUUAAGAAAAGGUGUUUAAGCUCUAUAGCAGCUUCCAAAAGCAA